AUUGUAUUGCACACCUAAAAAAAGUGCUCUGAUUUAUAAAUAAUAAUAAAAAAAAGGGAUCCUCUGAGGAGGGCAGUUUUUUUGUGAUGGCAACUUCACUUCUGGGGGAAGAACCGAGGCUAGGAUCAACUCCUUUAGCGAUGUUGGCCGCGACGUGCAAUAAAAUCGGCAGCCCGAGCCCGUCCCCGUCUCUGUCGGACAACGCGUCUUUCGGGAAAGGCUUCCACCCUUGGAAAAGAUCCGUCUCCAGUUGCAACAGCGGCUCCAGCCUCUCGGGCUUCGGGGCGAGGAACGGCGCAGGACUGUCCGACUCAUUCAGCGUCAGCUGCUCCUCGGGAGGCGGCGGCGGCGGCGGGAGCGGCGGAGGGCCAGGGGGCAGCAGCGCGUUCUCACUCACCUCCAACCCGGCUUCCAGCUCGCCCUUUGGCAACGAGUACUCGGUGUUUCCGUCGGCGGGCGGCGGCGGCGGCGGCUCCGGCUCCCAGGACGCCGGGCAGCCGGUCUUCAUCUCCAAGGUGCACACCACGGUGGACACGCUGCCCAACAGCCUGCAGGGCAUCUACCCGCGGGUGGGCAUGGCGCACCCGUACGAGCCCUGGUUCAAGCCGUCGCACCCGGGCAUCGCGGGCGAGGUGGGCGGCGGCGCCAGCGCCUGGUGGGACAUGCACCCGGGCGCGGCGGGCUGGCUGGACGUGCAGAACCCGAGCGGGCCGCUCGCCUCGCCGCUGGGCGCCUACAACUCGGACUACCCGGCGCUCGGCCACUCGGCCUUCAGCACGGCGGCGGCUAUCAGCGGCGGCUCGUCCCACCUGCUAGCGGCCGGGGGCCAGCACCUCAUCGCCCAGGAGGGCUUCAAGCCGGUGCUGCCGCCGCCGCCGCCGCCUUCCUCGUACCCGGAGCCCGCCCCGUCGCCGCUGGGCGGCAGCAACCCGGCGCUGGCGGCCGGCCCGGUCUCCGCCGCCCGCGGCUCUUCGGCCCGUCGCUACUCGGGCCGGGCGACUUGCGACUGCCCCAACUGCCAGGAAGCGGAGCGCCUGGGCCCGGCCGGGGCCAGCCUGAGGAGGAAGGGGCUGCACAGCUGCCACAUCCCGGGCUGCGGCAAGGUCUACGGCAAGACGUCGCACCUGAAGGCGCAUCUCCGCUGGCACACCGGCGAGCGGCCGUUCGUCUGCAACUGGCUGUUCUGCGGCAAGCGCUUCACCCGCUCGGACGAGCUGCAGCGGCACCUCCGCACCCACACCGGCGAGAAGCGCUUCGCCUGCCCGGUCUGCAACAAGCGCUUCAUGCGGAGCGACCACCUCAGCAAGCACGUCAAGACGCACCAGGCCAGCGGGCUGCCCGGGGCGGGGGCGGGGGCUGGGCCCGCCGCCACCGGGCCAGCCGGGGCUGCCCCUGCCGCCUCCGCCGCCGCCGGGCCGACCGGCGGCAGCAAGAAAGGCAGCGACACCGACAGCGAGCACAGCGCGCCCGGCUCCCCCCGCUGCCCGUCCCCGGCCGAGCUGCUGCAGGCAGCAGCCCAGGGAGGCGCCGCCGCCGCCCUCAACGGCCUCGACUGAAGCUGCCAGCAGCAGCAGCAGCAGCCACGGCAAAUAGGGCUUUAACUUUGCAGCAGAGAUUCACGUGUAAGUACAACUUCCACCAACUUAACGGGGAGAGCUCUGUGACAGAGAAACCAGCGCCGCCGAACUCUGUGUUGCCUCAAGGCUUGGGAGGCUGAGGAUAGAAAUAAAUAAGGCACACAUUUCAAACUUGCCUCCAUUCCCCCCCCCCCCCACCCACCCAACCUCCACCACCACCUGAUUGUUUUUUAAGUCGCCUUUGCCCGCCUGAUUCUGCAAACCCCACUUGCAAUGCAGUUUAAAACUUCUGAUUUUGUUCCCAUCUCUGCGCACCCAUUUUCAAAUUCCUGUCCAAACCAAUGCCGGGACCGUGCACUGCCUCGAUGGUCUCUCACACACAGGCCCACACUGACUACAAGUAAAGCAUGUGUAUGGCACGGUAUGUUAUCGCCUCUGCACAGCGACUGUCCAACCGGCCACCUUUUUUUAUUUGGGUCCAAAGUCGAAUAUCUUGACUUCUGCAGUCGGGAAAGCUUUCUCUCAAUGCUUACCUAUUUUCCAAAUACCUUUUCAUCCGAUCAACAUUCACUCAGGGUGAGAGGACCCGGUUUGUUUUUAUUCUGUCCUCAACCGCCUGAAAAAGUUCCAACACUUGUAGCUGCAAGUGCAAAUUCUGCUUGUGCAGGAGACGAUUUGUAUGUAUAGUAUUUUUUUUUCGCGUGUAAAUUCCUUGACGAGUAUUUCAACAUGUAUAUUAAGGUACUUAUUCCUUUCGUUGUCAAAAACAAGAAAUAAAAUGACGGACUGAUUUCAAAUACGAUUGACGGCGCCGUGUAGUGAAAAUAAUACGGAUUACAAGUUUGUAAAAUAUUUGCAAGACUUUGUAAAACUGAGGUCAGAAUUAAGAAUAGUUAAUUAUUAAAUAAUUACUCCACCAGUAUCUAGGUGAGAGACGUUAUUUGUCCAGGAGACGAUUUGUAUAGUAUUUUCCUGUAAAUUCUUCUGAAAAAAAAAUUGAACAUAUAUAAGGGUAAAU